GUAAAGGUACCUACUGCUCAAGCUGCUUCUGGAUGGUUUUUAACUAACAGUAUGCAGUCAGAUUUUCAGUUGCUUAUGUUCUGAUGCAUUGGUCCCAUCUCUACUUUAUUCCGGUAUUUAGUCCAAAGUGGGAUGCAAUUACUGAAAUGGAUGAGCACAACCGUCCAAUUCACACUUACCAGGUAUGUAAUGUAAUGGAACCAAACCAAAACAACUGGCUUCGUACAAACUGGAUCUCCCGUGAUGCAGCACAAAAAAUUUAUGUCGAAAUGAAGUUUACUUUGAGGGACUGCAACAGCAUUCCAUGGGUAUUGGGAACUUGCAAGGAAACUUUUAACCUCUACUACAUGGAGUCAGAUGAGUCCCAUGGAGUGAAAUUCAAGCCAAGCCAGUACUCAAAAAUUGAUACUAUUGCAGCUGAUGAGAGUUUUACCCAGAUGGACUUGGGUGACCGUAUCCUGAAACUCAACACAGAAGUUCGUGAGGUUGGGCCAAUAAACAAGAAAGGAUUUUACCUUGCUUUUCAGGACAUUGGAGCAUGCAUUGCUCUGGUCUCAGUCCGAGUUUAUUACAAAAAGUGUCCUUUCACAGUUCGUAACUUGGCUAUGUUUCCUGAUACUAUUCCAAGGGUUGAUUCUUCCUCUUUGGUGGAAGUACGGGGUUCCUGUGUGAAGAGCGCUGAAGAACGGGAUACUCCAAAACUCUACUGUGGAGCAGAUGGGGAUUGGCUUGUGCCUCUUGGACGAUGUAUCUGCAGUGUAGGAUAUGAGGAAGUUGAUGGUUCCUGCCAUGGUAAGAUAACAGAAUUAAGAGGAAAAAAAUGUCAAAUUACCUACAUUACAAGUAAUUUAUUUGUCUGUGGAGAAUACAGCCUACAAAUUUUCAAGGAAAUGAACAAAACGUAUGUUUUAAGUUAUGAUGCCAUUGGUUUUGAAGAAAAAAAUAGUUCUAAGAAACACCACCUUAAUCAGCUCCAUCCAUGCAGAAUAUGGAAUUCCCCUUAUUGUGGUGUAAUGUUAUUAAAUUAUGCCAUAUAUUCAGUACUGGUGUUUCACAAUAAAUCAGGUAUGCAAUUUCACACUAAAUCAGUUUGUUUAAGGAACAAAUAUCAGUUACUUAUUUGGGCUUUGAAAAGUGCAGUGUAGUUAGCUGCUGAACUUUUGGAAGGUACUACAGCAAAGUAUCUCCUUCACAUCACUGUGUUGAUGUGGUGUCCCAGCACUAUUUAAUAGACUGUGUGCUUGCUAUAUAUGGGACAGGUAUAAUAUUGAGCCUUGCUAGAGUAGGGAAGAUGAGGAAUGAUAUCUUAGCAACUUUUUGAAGAUUACUUCAUUUCUUGCUUAUACCUGAUAUUCAGAGGUAGAACUGUGAACACAGACACAGGAGCAAAAAAAUUAUGUUUUAUUGAGAUAAUUUAGUCUUAUUUA